AUGGCCAGCCUCCCGGUGCCACACUCUGUAUCUCUCCAUCCUGAUGGCACCUUGGUCUCCCCCAUCAACAGCCAGAACAAGACAAGAGACACCAUGACCCCCAUCCUCAGGGCCACGCUCUGCCCUGGUGCGAUGGACAUCGCCCUGCACUGCACAGUUGGAUGCACCGUGGCCUCCUCCAUCUGCUCAGCUGAGGCCACAGGGAGAAAACGCCAUGACGCCCACCCUCAGGGCCCUGCUCUGCCUCGGGACUCUCUGAGCCCCGUGACCAUUUGGUGUCAGGGGACCCCAGGGGCUGAGGAGUAUCAGCUGGAGAAAGAGGGAAGCCCACCAUCAUCCAAAAGACAGGAACCACAGGAUCCCAGGGAUAAGGCCAAGUUCUCCAUCACAUACAUGGCAGAGCGAGAUGCUGGGAUAUAUCACUGUUACUACCACAGCCCCACUAACUUGUCACAGCGCAGUGACCCCCUGGAGCUGGUGGUGACAGGAGCCUACAGCAAACCCAGACUCUCAGCCCUGCCCGGCCCUGUCAUGACUUCAGGACAGAACGUGACCCUCCAGUGUGGCUCAGGGCAGGGAUUUGACAGGUUCAUUUUGACUAAGGAAGGAGAUCACAGGCUCUCCUGGACCCAGGACUCACAGACACAUCCUAGUGGGUGGUCCCAGGCCCCCUUCCCUGUGGGUCCUGUGACCCCCAGCCACAGGGGGACCUUCAGAUGCUAUGGCUGUUACAGGAACAGGCCCCAGGUGUGCUCACACCCCAGUGAUGCCCUGGAGCUCCUGGUCUCAGGUGAGGGCCCCUGACCCUCUCUGCUGAGCUGUCAGCUCAGGGUCCUGUCCCCAGAAGGAUUAUGGGAUGAAAGGGAGU